GAAAAUGAAACAUCGAGAUUUAAUGAUUUCCUCAACGAAUUGAAGACUACAUGCUUUAUUGCACAACCCUCUAAAACAGAUUUUUGGGAUUUGAUUGUUCAUGAGAAAAUAACUUUAAUAAGCCAGGAUGAGGCGUCAGAUAGUACUACGUCAAUUCAGGAAGCCGAAGAAUUUCUUCAACCUUUAGAAAAGAAAUCUAAUAUUGAUACAAUGGAUGAAGAUGCAAUGGCUACUGAUGAUUUGUUUAAACUAAUGGAAGAUUAG